AUGGCGCGUCGUUUCUUUCGCCAUCUGGAAAAGGACGGACAUAUUCCUAGACGGUUUUCUCGCACAGAGUGGGAAGAUCUCGCCUAUUGGUAAGAGACAAUAACUACAUUACUCCGUUCUCCAAACGAAAUGGGCUUCGAAUGUGAUCGAGCUUCAAUCGUUCUAAAAGAGGACUAAUAACCGCAUUUAAGGUGGCUCCGUCAUUAAUGCUGGCUGCGAAACUUUGCAAAGAACAACAGAUAUCAUUCGGCAAUAGUACGAAAUGUUCGAUUUCAAAGAUGGAUAAAUAUUUCUUGAGAAAUUAGCGCUUAAAAGGAUCCUACUGUUCAAAGAAAAUCGCGUCUAGUAAAAAAAAGCUGAUAUUUUUUACUGAAAUUUCUGGUAUCGGCUUUUAUUAUGCCGGAGAAAUUUUUAGAAAAAUCGUUGGAGCAGAAAGUCCGUAACUAAAAGUCGCUCAAAAUUCAGCUGUGAAACUGAUUUGGAAUUUCAAAAAUAAAUUACUGUCAGGUAGAAGGAGUCACCAGUUCGAAUUUUCGGGACAAGUAAAUUCAAUGUUUGCUAAUUCUGAAAACAAAAGCCGAUUGCCUAUCGUGCUAUUCUUUAAAAGGUACUUUUUAGUUUUAGAAGCACUAUAAAUUGCUCCAAACCUUGCUCUGACGUCGAAUGACUUGUUCCUCGACAUUUUUAAAAUAUUCCUUGGCAGUUUUAGUUCAAACUCCUGCUGCAUACUUUUGAUGUAUUGGAAUUAGCUGCCUCAGUUGUAUUUUGACCUCCUUGACCUCCUAUCUGUUGUUCUUUGCAAAGUUUCUCAGCCAUCGCGUUAAAAGCGAAAAAGUUAUGACGGAAAAUUUGUCACACCCAAGUGCGCCUGUAUUAAGCUUCCUUUUUUCUUUUUUUUUGAGGAACGCCCGAUAUAACCACGACAACUGGUCCCGCAGGAUUAAAACACAGUUUUUAUCAGGGACGAAGUUACGUGAAAUUUGGCAAUAUGUUCAAAGAACAUGGAAAUGUCCAGACUUUAGAAAGAAACAAAAAGGUGGUCGGCGAGUUCUCAUAAAGAAGUUCAAUCAUCCACUUGGCGAAUAUUCCUUUUUCGACCGCGAAGGAAAACUUCAGAGCAUAUCAAUUUACACCCUUAAAGUUGUGUACGACCGUAACUGGAAUGGUAAUGUUGUAUACAUCACAGCAUAUCCACUGUUCUGA